AUGUCGACUGCAUCAUGUGUCGUAUUGGAUAUUGGGAGUCACAUGCAAGACCAAUUAGCUCUUAUUCUGUGCGGCACCGAGCUGACAAAGAAUGACCUGGCUGAAGACGGAGACUUUGCCCACAUCUCUUUGGUGCGUGAACUGGGCCCCGUUGAUUGGGACAUUCUCGAGUAUUUACAGCACACUUUGGAGUCAACAAAAACAACUGCAGAUGGUAAUACAUUAUUUCAUAAUUUUAAAGUUCUUGAUGCUGUUAUUGUUGCUGUCGCUUAUUUGGCAAAAUCUUGCAGAGAUGUUGUAUCCGCGUUAAGUAAAUUUGAACUGCGAGCCGUUGCCCAACGUGGCUGGAAAAUUUCUCUUGAAAUUGGCCCUUCCUUCAAGUUGCCCAUAGUUGGUUUUACACAAAUAAAAGAGGCUCUUCCUCCACCGAUGCGAGAAUAUUCUGUUGCUGAUCUCUCUCAUUCUAUUCAGUUCGUUAAUUCCUACCAGUAUCCUGAUGAGCCAGAAAAAAAGAUCGAUAUUUCCGAUACUGUUCGAGGUGAAUAA